AUGGUCACCGCGGCGUGGGCACUCCUCCUGCCCUUGCUCGGGCUCCUGCUGCCCACGCGGGUUCUGACCCACGCCUGGGACCCCGCCGGCUACCUGCUCUACUGCCCCUGCAUGGGGAGGUUUGGGAACCAGGCAGAUCAUUUCUUGGGCUCCUUGGCAUUUGCAAAGCUACUGAACCGGACUCUGGCUGUCCCACCUUGGAUUGAAUACCAGCAUCACAAGCCUCCAUACACCAAUCUGCAUGUGUCCUAUGAGACCUACUUCAAGUUAGAUCCACUCAAAGAAUAUCAUCGGGUCAUUAGCUUGGAAAAAUUCAUGGAGAAGUUAGCCCCAAUCUACUGGCCUCCUGAGAAUCGAGUAGCCUACUGCUUUGAUGUUGCAGCCCAGCGGAGUGCUGACAAGAAGACCUGCCCUAUGAAGGAAGGGAAUCCCUUUGGCCCAUUCUGGGAUCAGUUCAAUGUCAGUUUCAAUAGAUCAGAACUUUUUGGUGGCAUUGCCUUCAGCUCUUCCUACAAGGACCAUUGGAUCCAAAGGUUUCCCCCAGAUAAGCACCCAGUGCUUGCCCUCCCUGGUGCUCCUGCUCCGUUUCCAGUGUUGGAAGAACACAGAGCCCUGCAGAAGUACAUGGUGUGGUCAGACGAGAUGACGAAGAAGGGGGAGGCCCAGAUCCAGUCUCAUCUCAUCAGGCCUUACAUUGGGGUUCAUCUCCGAAUUGGCUCUGACUGGAAAAAUGCCUGUAGUAUGCUGAAGGAUGGGACAGCCAACUCCUUUUUCAUGGCUUCACCCCAAUGUGUGGGCUACAACCGCAACACUGCUGCGCCUCUCACCAUGGUCAUGUGCCUGCCAGAUCUGAAGGAGAUCAAACGUGCCCUGAGGCUCUGGGUGAAGACUGUAAAAGCCCAAUCCAUUUACAUUGCCACAGACUCAGAGAGCUAUGUCUCUGAAAUUCAGCAGCUGUUCAAAGGAAAGGUAAGGGUUGUGAGCCUGCAGCCUGAAGUAGCACAGAUUGACCUAUAUAUCCUUGGCCAGGCAGACCACUUCAUCGGCAAUUGCGUCUCUUCCUUUACUGCCUUUGUGAAAAGGGAACGUGACUUACGGGGCCAGUCCUCCUCCUUCUUCGGCAUGGACCAUCCCCCACAUUUGCGGGAUGAAUUCUGAUCUUCUAUCCUCUCCCCUGGCAGUCAAGGCCGUGGAUCCUAGGAUGGCAGUGUCCUGUGCCAGACAGUGAGGUCAAGUCGCCAGCCUGCUUCAUCCAAGUGCUGGGGGGGAAAAGGAGGGGAGGUGUCUGUGUCUAGUGUCCAGUUGUAACUCACCUGAAUUCCAGCAUAUAGGCUGCCUAAUCAACUUAACUUUGGGAGACCAGAUAGCAGAAUACCUCAAAUUGCAAGGGUUUCCUCUAAAGCGAGAGCUGCCUUUGUGUUCCAUUUCUAGGUAAUUCCUGAGCUAAUCCUUAGUAUUAGGCAAUGGAAUACCUUGUCUCUUUCUUAUUUUCCCAUACUUCCCUGUCUACAUCCUGCUGUUUCUUCAAAGGACCCCUGUUUAAUUGGCAUUCCAUCAUUGAAGUAUAGUGGCUCUCAUGGUUUUUUAAGCAUCCACUGGCAACAUAAUGUGAUGCAAAGGGCAUUGGCUUUUCUAGUUACAAAAUAUAUGACCUUGAAUGAGUCACUUCAACUUUGGACCUCCCCUAUUCUAAGUGUAAAAGAAGAAUAUUGGCAGAGGUGACUUCCAAGGUCCCUUCCCACCCUAAUCCUGUAAUCCUCCAAGUAGCAGAUCUGGAUUAUACCUUUUCUGGUUUUAUAUUUCUAACUUAGAUUUUUCUCCCUACAUAACUAUUUUUAUAACAGUGAAAGUCAUUCAUGUGGAGACCUAAAGUGGCCUUAAUGGUUCAGGCAAAUGAGAAACUGGGACAGGUUUGUUGGCUAGGGGCUGGCAACCUAAAGCAUAAUUGCCAAAGAUGACCCUUUGGUUACCAGCCAUCUCCUUACACUGCCCCUGCCUUUCUGCAUUUAUCAUGGUCACCCUUCUUUUUACAGUUCUCCUUGUGAGAGCCUAUGUGCACUGAUAUUCCAGAAGGGCCAUUUUGGAUAAGCAAGCACUUUUAAAAGGUUUCUGAUUUCUAACGGAUCCUCUCAGUAUAAAAAGCUUGCUUCCAUGGCUUUUACUCCCUCUGGGCUCUGGAGUACCAACCAAAACUUUAUUCUUCCUUCUUGCCUUCCUUCCUUUGUGCAGUGAGAUCUGAGGCCUUGGUGAUGGACUGUGAGAACCAAGAUGCAAAUGGCCCAGUCACUGGAUAGAACUUUUAGAUCUGGUCUCUCAAUCUUAAGUGACCCUUCCCAUUCUUCCUCCUCUAGCUUCCACCCCUUUUGUAUUUUGUAUUUUGUAUUUUCUUCCAGGAAGUCAUUCCCUCUCAUGUUCUUUAUGACUAAGGCAUUGUACAGUCAUCCUGCAUACUGCCCAAGAGUGGAAGUUUUCUCUAGAUGACUUGUAAAAUUCACAGAUUUCAACACCAAGGUUGAUUCUGUUCACCUCUGCCUCUAUUUCUCCUUGGUGGAGGCAAUUCAGACUCGGAGACAGGGGACCUGACAGGAAGCCAGGCUUGCCACUCAUCAUUUUGGUUUUGACAUUGAUAUUCAUCUUCUUAGGAGGAAUUGAAUUCCCAUUAUAAAGUGGAAAUGAUUUGUUGUAGAGAUCACAAUCAAGGGACUUGCCACAGAAUGCCAGUCUGUGAAGGAAGAUGCAUUUGUGCUGCUCAAAUUCCCUUAAAUUUCAAAGGGCCCUUAGGAGACCUGACUGAGUAAGGAAAAUCCCCUGGAAAGGAAUUUUGUAAAUAUUUUUUUCAAUAAAAUACAGCCAUACAUUUUUAA